AUGAAGCCUGCUUCUUGCCUCUUUCUCAUGCUCAUCCCCUUCCUCCAGCCGAUGACCCCUGGGGAUGCUCAGUGUUCCUUAGAUGUGGUUGUGGAUAAAAAGAUAAAGGCAGCUGUCAACAAACUGGUGAUGAUGAUGCUGCUCCUGAUGAUGAUGAUGAUGAUGAUGGUGAUGGUGAUGGUGAUGGUGGUGGUGGUGGUGGUGAUGGUGGUGAUGAGUAUAAGCCCCCUGCUGACACAAAAGCUCUUGUGUGUCAGUGUCACCAUCCCAGGAAAACUGGCCUCCAGCCUUGCAGACACUGCUGUCACCAGUUGUGCCUCUGGCUACCCCUGUGGUUACUAGGAUGUGCAGAGGGAAAACACAUGCCACUGCCAGUGCAGUGUGGUAGACUGGACCACAGCCCACUGCUGCCACCUGUCCUGAGAGGGAGGAAGCUGAGAACCCAACUUUAUCACAUGAAACCAUGACCCCAGGCAGGAAACCUGACUCAAACUGUGAUUUCUCAACCCAGGUUCCUUCAUUUGUUGCAAUCCUGCUCGGUAGGUAAUAAAGAC